AUGGCCUGGAACCAGUCACACGCAUCUGGUGAUCGCACCGCAUCCCCAACAGUCUUUGAGCAGCAGCGCGAGGAGCUCGUCAGGGAAAUUGCAGUGGGCAUGGAACAGGUACUUCAGAAUAUGAACCGGCUGAAUCGGAAUCUGGAAAGCGUAAUUGCGGUGGGCAAUGAGUUUAGUUCUGUGGAGGCUCUGUGGUCUCAAUUUGAGAACUUCAUGGGUCGACCGGAGGAAGAGGUUGAGGAGCAAGGGAAACGGAAGGUCAGUGGGAGUGAAGCGAUCAAGGACGAGCAUGAGAGUAACUCGGCAGGCAUGCAGUGA